GUUUGUGUUCAUCUGUCCAGAUGAACAGAUUCCAAAAAAGAAAAAGAAAAUUCAAUUAAAGUGGGUCCGUGAUUCCUAAGAUUUUAUUGUGUCAUUUGUUUGUUGUUGAAGGAAUUCGUAUCUGCGCGUCUGUUUCUGGCUUGGCUGACUGAUGAUAGCGCGGAUUUUUCUUAUUUCCUGGCAACCCUACUUGAACUGCAUUCUGUUUGGGAGCGUCCGUUCUAAUCGGGUAUGUUGGCUAGCUUUGAAAAGCCAGAAGGCUGUUUGCAAUGGCAGAACAAGAAAUCUCUAAAGGGGAGUCGUUGUUCCUCAAGGGACACAGACACGCGUGCCACAUUAUGAUAUAUGCCGACACAGACGCUAAACUGUUUGGAAAGACUCCGAUUAAGCACAUCGUCCUCAUGCAGAUGCGGUUUGAUGGCUUGCUUGGCUUUCCUGGAGGCCUUGUGAACCCUGGAGAGGAAACUCUUGAGGCUGGCCUGAGCAGGGAAUUGUGGGAAGAGAUUGGUGUGGCCCUGAAGGUGGGGCCGGAGGACUAUUGCUCCUCCUGCUUGGCCCUGUCCCCUCCAAACCUCGUCACACAUUUCUACACCAAGAAGCUGAGCGAGGAGGAGGUGCGCGAGAUAGAGAGAGCAGCGGUCAGUUCUGCUGCUGACCACGGCCUGGAGGUGAUGGGAAUGUUCCGGGUGCCGCUGUACUGUUUGAAACGGGGAGGGGGCUUCCCGUCCUUCCUCUUGCACGCGUUCGUUGGCAGCGCUCGCUCCCAGCUGAUAUCAGGCCUGCGCGCCCUGGGGCUGCUGUCCCCGGCUCAGCUGCAGGCCGCCCUCGCUAAAGCAGAGGAGCUGAGACAGAGCUCAUCUCACUGACGUCUAAAAUACCUAAUAAAGCGCUCGCUGGGUGCACGUGACUACUACUAAUACACACUGGGUGAAGCUGUGGGUCUGCCCACAAAUCUACUGGGCUUGUUGUUGAUUGUUGUUGAAAGUGAAUCAUUUUCUGUGCAUAUGGUUUUACAUUUUUGUAAAUAAAUUAAAUAAAUUAAA